GUCGGUGCCUCAGGGGAACGUUUUGCAAGUUUUCUUAUAGAUUACGUAAACAGAAGUCAUUCCAAGUCGACUGCCUGCGGCAAGCAGGUCAUCGGACGUAUGGCCACAAUCGACAAAGGCAAGCAAAGGGCGACGGAGGACCCUAUAGAAGUUCGUGUUGACCACAGCGACGAGGAUUCAGAGACAUCAAGCGCGGUAUCUGACACCGACUCGGAAUCUGAACCAGAGGAAAUUACUCAAGAAUAUCUAAAUUCACUGCUAGAGAAGGCGAAACAAAAUGCGCGCGAGGAGGCAAGGUUGGCCAAAAUGUUGCAGGAAGAGAAGUGGCAUGAACAGGACGUCAUUAAAAUUCAGGGAGAGGAGGAGCAGCGGCCUUUACCACCGUUAGAUCCCGGAAAACUGCCCCCUGCAUACUUCGAAUUUGGCGAAGGUCGGCAUGAAGCACCUUCGACAGUGCGCGAUCCAGACGUUGCGCAAACCGAAGCGGCAAGUGCUGCUGCCGCCGUGCCUGCACCCCCUCCGGAACCAAAAUCUGCUGGACUCACAAAACGACAAAUGAAAGCUGCAAAACAAAAGACGGCGGGACCUGAUUGGUUUGGUUUACCGGCACCCGCAGAGGCGGACUUGCCACGGCUGUAUCGUGAAGUUGAAGCCCUCAGACUACGGAAUCAGCUUGAUCCUAAGCGGUUCUACCGCAAGGAUGAGGGUGAAGGCAAGGGUAUCAAAGGCUUGCCGAAACACUUUGCAAUCGGCACCAUCGUGGCUACUACAACACCAUUUGGGACUGCAAGCUCAGACAACCUCCGGAGGGCAGAGAGGAAGCGCACAUUGGUGGACGAGUUGGUGGAUGACGCUGAGGCUCGACGGUAUGCCAAGAAGAAAUUCGGCGAGCUACAGGACGUUAGAGGCGCGGCGGGCAGAAAUACCCUGCGUCAAAAAAGAGCACUGCGACAGCGGAAAUGGUAGGAAGCCAGGUA